AUGGAGGGAUACAUCGAAGAGAACCACGCAUACAAGGCCGCGUCAAGGGAAGCACAAAAGGCUCGCUUCUCACGGAAUAGAGGUCCACCACAAGACAUGGCUAUGUAUUGGGGCUACAAAUUUGAGACAUUGUCACUGUUGAACAAACCCUGGGGCGAAACAACAAGAGAAGAGAUCGAGGGGCGGGAAGACGAAGUUGUCGACAACUAUGCCCAAUACUGCAGUAUAUGCAGAACAGAGAUUGGCGGUGCCUCAAUGGUCAUCGGAGGAGAGGUGGAUGGAGCACCCGCCAGAUGGGUAGAGCUCAAAACAUCCAAACAGCCCGAGCAUGAACGUGACCGAUGGGUCCUCGACAAGAAACUUCUGAAGUUCUGGGCUCAAUCAUUUCUGCUGAAGUUUGUAACUCACCGAGACCCUUAUCUAGUUAUGUUGCUGACCAGGCUAUNNAGCGUACCGAAAAUCAUCAUCGGCUUUCGCUCGCGAGAUGGAAAACUGCUCAACAUCGAAGAAUUGAGCACGCAGCAGAUUCCAUCCAAAAUCCAACAACAAGGCACGUACAAGUGGAACGGCAACAUCUGUAUCAACUUCACAGGCCAGUUCCUCGACUUUCUCAAGCAGACUAUUGUCGGCGAAGGCGUGUGGAGGAUUCGAAGAGAAGCCAAAAGUACAGCGAUUGAGGUCUUCAAGGUCGAGGAAUUGGGUACAGGCAACAUCCUCACUCAGAACUUCAUUGAUCAUCGCAACAGGCUUCUCGCAGGCGAGAUUGCCACUGCAUUGAAGGAUCGUGGAGCUGCUUGA